GCGCAGUGCCUUCUCUACGGCCGCAGACAUGGCGGUGUGCGGUGGGAGGCUGAGCAGGUUGUUGCAGAGAUGUCGUGGGUGCCCGGUGGUGCAGACUUUACCCAUUGCUGGCAGGACGGCAUCUCUGGUGCGAACUUUCUGCAGCAGCAACUCUUUGCAGAAGAAGAGUAUGGCUGCUACAUUCCAUGUGAAUUAUUCCGAAGAAUUUAUUAAGCAGCAAAUUGAAGAGUUCAAUAUUGGAAAGAGACAUCUGGCUAACAUGAUGGGGGAAGAUCCAGAAACAAUCAAUCAAGAUGAUAUUGAUAAAGCCAUCAGAUACCUCUUCCCAUCUGGGUUAUUUGAAAAGAAGGCUAGGCCUAUUAUGAAGCAUCCUUUGGAGGUCUUUCCAAAACAGAGAGCUGUCCAGUGGGGAAAAGAUGGUCGUCCUUUCAAUUUCCUGUUUUACACAGGAAAGCAAUCCUUCUAUUCACUUAUGCAUGAUACCUAUGAGCAACUCUUAGAUAUACAAAUGUAUGAAGACAGACUGAGGACAAAAGGUCUCUUCUCUCUGGAUACCAAACCGAUAAACUUAGUUGGAAGCAGAUGGUUGACAAAGGAAGAACUGACAGAGAUGUUGCUUGAACAAAUUUCUGACCAUGAUUACAUGCACUUUCUUCAGUUACUGGAGCGUAUGUUGACCUUACCAUAUUGCAGUAUUAAGGAAGAAUAUGUGUUGAAAUUUCGCAGAAAGAUGGAGGAUCAGUCCAAGAAACAGAAAGCUGAAGCAUUACAGUUUGAUGAGGACGGAGUAGCUUUCAGCAAAGGCGAAGGUCAAAGAAAAACAGCAAAAGCAACAGUUAUAGUUCGAGACCAAGGAAGUGGCAAAAUAACAGUGAAUGGGGUGGAUUAUUUGCAGUACUUUCCAUCACUACAAGAAAGAGAACAACUGAUGUUCCCCUUCCAGUUCCUGGACCGAUUAGGGAUGCAUGAUAUGGACUGUACUGUACAUGCGGGUGGGGUAUCCUCACAAGCAGGAGCUAUUCGUUUGGCUACAUCAAGGGCUCUGCUCAGCUUCAUCACAGAGAAAGAAAUGGAAUCAAUGAGACAAGCUGGCUUGUUGACUCCUGAUCCUCGUGUGAGAGAGCGGAAGAAGCCUGGUCAGGAGGGAGCGCGCAGGAAGUUCACUUGGAAGAAACGUUAAUCAGUGGCUUUUCCUGUGAAGCAACCCUGAGGUGGUUUGAAAUCAGAAGCAGAACCUCAACAAGACCUGUAGUUUGAACACCUGCUCAAACAGAUUUGAGGACUUGCAAGAUCAUUACUGUCUCAGAUCUCAAUUUCCUGCCUUCGAGAACGAGUCUACUGUGGUUUUAUUUAUCUAGAAAUGAGUCCUUUCAUCGUUUAAGAAAAUGUAUAUCUUUAUUAUUGGGCUGUAAAAAGUAUUUUUUUUUGCACUGAGGACCCUUGUAAUUAAUUCACAGUAUCUCAAGUUGUUAGCUAUGUGUGUUUUAUCAUGCAUUUUGGUUAGAAAUUGGAUAGUUUAUGUGUUGAGUGGCGACCCACUGUGCCAAUGACAAUUGAAAAUUAUCUUACCAUAAUUAUUUGACAAACAUUAUAAACAAUUCUCAUACUACCUCUUUCUCUUCAUUUCCUCCCAAUGGAAUGAUUAAGUAAAAUCACAAAGAUAUCUAAUUCCUUAAACAUUUUCAACAAGAACCUGGAACUCAUUUUUCUAGUGGAUCCAAUAAAGUUUUUUUA